CCUUUGAUCCUACAAAUAUUGAUGAAAAUAUUAAAUGUAGCUUAACUUCAUUUUUUAGUGCAACACUAGAUAAUAUAUAUUUUGAACCAAGCUAUAAACAAUUUAAAGCCCAAUUUACUGGAAAUUUAUUAAAAUACUUAAAUCUGGAUAAUCAAUAUUAUGAAAAUUCAAUACAAGUAUCUAGGGAAUCAUUAAUUGAAACUCUCAAAAACUUUCAACUAUUCCGGAAGGAUCCAUAUUCAAUUCCAUUAUUUUUAUUAACAUUUUCUAUUAAAGAUGGAGAAUAUGAUGCAAGAAAUUUAUUCCUAAUUAGAAAUAUUAAUCAAUGUUUAAAAUUAAACACAAUUUCUUUUGAAAAAUAUGAAGAUAGCAUGAUAAAUUUGAUUAAUCAAAUUCCACAACAGGAAAAAGGAGUAUUUAAAAGCAAUAAAAUGAAAAAGUAUUGCAAGAUAGCCGGAGCUACAAUAAUUGGUGGGACUCUUCUAGGCGUCACCGGUGGUCUUAUAGCGCCAUUUUUAGCAGCCAGCUCAGGAAUAAUCUUAGGAUCUGCUGGGGCUACCUUGCUGGGUACGACUGCAGGCGUCUCCAUUAUAGGUUCCCUCUUUGGUCUUACCGGGGCAACCCUGACUGGUUACAAAAUGAAACAGCGGGCUGGCGCACUAGAGGAAUUUCGCUUCGAACGUAUAGGUACCAAUUCUAACCGAAAGCGGUCUACCCUAGCUAUAACAGUAGCUGUUUCUGGCUGGGUUUCCAAAGACUGUGACUUUGCUACACCAUGGCGUGACUUACGAAUCACCCGAGAGGCCUACACAUUGCGCUGGGACGGUCGGCAUCUUCAAAGGUUCGGCCAUGGCAUGGAUUACCUCGUAAGUUGGGCUGCUAGCACGGUAGUUCAAGAAAUUUUGCAAGAAACAGUUCUCGCUGCCCUAAUGGCUAGCGUUUCUUGGCCCCUGACUUUGGUGAGCCUGGCUGGAGUUAUAGAUAACCCGUGGGGAGUUUGCUUUACCCGGGCCCGAGAGGCCGGUUUAGAACUAGCUAAUGUCUUGAUAACUGGCGUGGCCGGACGACGACCAGUUACUUUAAUCGGAUUUAGUCUAGGUGCUCGCGUCAUAUACCAUGCCCUGGAGUUCUUGUGUCAACUAUUAUCUCCCCCAAAAGGGACUAAAUCAACAGCAAUGGCUCGGGGCGGUAGCGCUAAAAGUGUAGGGGGUCGAUGUAUCGAUUCCCAACUCAAACCCUGCUCUUCCGAGGGAUCCCUCCUUCAAAUCUUUUCCCCAAAGAGGCAUCUUGUUCCCGAUGCAAAAAAAUACACCGAUCAUAUUUAUCUUCUAGAACCUAGAUCAGACAAAAAUAAUCUUACUCCUAAUAAGUCAUCAGACAACCUAAACCUGAAUGAUAGCUAUAGCAAUAACUUAGCGACCGCGGACACUGAUCUUUGUCUCAAAGGGAAAGAUCCUCGUGGAGUGAUAGCAGAUGUUAUACUAAUGGGGGCCCCUAUUCCCUCUCACGAUGACUCCACCUAUGGGGCCUGGAUGGACGUCGUUGGGGGAACCGUCACUAAUUGUUAUUGCACUAAGGAUUGGAUCCUUAGUUUCCUUUACAGAACAAGCUCAGCCCAGAUUAGCAUAGCUGGUCUGGAACCUCUUACAUUAACGCUGGAAGGCCAGCAGCACCCGCGUUUAAUAAAUGUUAAUCUAACAUCCGUCGUGACCGGGCACAAUGAUUACGUUGGAAAAAUGCCUGAUAUUUUAAAAACCCUCGGUUACCACGCUAUAAGUUAUCAAGAUUAAUAUUUUGUAGGAAAAAACGAAUCAUGCUAACUAUCAUAUUAUUUUUGCCAUUUUUUAUUUUAUAUUACUAUUUAUUUCUCUCAUAUAAUACUGACUAGGUUAUUUAUAACAUUUUUUUAUAGAAAAUUUUUUUUUAUCACAUUUUUAUAAUCUAACAUUUCCCAAAAGAUUUUUAAAAAAUAGUUUGUUAUGGUACAUUAUAAAAACUUUUUUUUGAAAAUAUGUUUGAUGACAUUAUUAUUUCCUUUCAAAAAUAUUGAUUAUAAAUUACGUAACACAAAAACUAUGUUCUUACGUAAAAUGAUUUAUUAGUUACUACUACUAUUUUGUUAGACAAAAUUAUUUAUAUUAAAAUUUGAUUUUUAACUUUGUGAAUGACGGGUAUUUUUUUUCUAAGAUUUAAAAUUUUUAUGAAAUGAUCCCUUUUUUGCUCUUUAAUAUGCAACAUAAUCCAAAUAGUGCCAAGUCUUUUUGAAAAUCAA